CAGGCACAGUCGACGGAGGAUCCUCCACGCGAACUGCUAGAACCGCGAACGAACGACGAAGAAGCGCCCACCGUCCGUCAAACCGGAAACACCGGACUCGGACGACCGGAUUCCUCGAUUGAUUUUGAAUUUUUCACAUUUUUCUUGAGGUCGUGCAUAAGGUUUUUGACACCGAACUGGUACGGUCAGUGCGGUGCCCCGACACGGUUUUUCGGGGUUGUUUACAAUCCGGAGCGCUAUUGUGCCGAGUGCGUUUGUGUGUUUACUAUGCGCUUUUGGGGUUGAGGCGACAACAAAAGUUGUGACCAUGCAGACAAGAAACUAUGGGCUAAUCUUGGGAAGUAUUGCUUACUUCUCGAUCCUGAGGAUCUAUGUGGAAGCAGGUCCCGCAAGGUCCAGGAGGCUGACUAGGGAGGUUUAUCCGGAAAUUGAGUCCGACGCAGACGUUAACCAAUCGCAGGUUUGCAUAGUCGGAGACUUAGUUUAUGGCAGCAACGAGGCAGUUCCCUCGGAACAGCCGUGUUUGAAAUGCAAAUGUCAACCUCCUGGAGUUCAGUGCGAAGCUUUACGAUGUGCUAACAAGAAACCGGGCUGUAAAAUGGUUCAUAGACAGAACGAAUGCUGUCCAGAUUACCAGUGCGAAUGCGAGUACAAGGGAAGACUUUACUCCAACGGAGAACGGCUAGAAACAUCCCUAGGAGACGAAUGCAAAGUGUGCUAUUGCAGAGGGGGUGAAAUCAAAUGCGCAGACGUCUCUUGCUACGUCCGAAACGACUGUGAGGGCAAACAAGUACCUGGACAAUGCUGCCCUAAAUACGACCACUGUCCCACCAGAGAUUCCUUGGAGAAGGUUCCCCUCAACGUUACCUUCAGUUUGAGUUCAUUUCCAGAUUCUUCCACCCCAGAAGAAACUCCAUUCGUGUCGACUUUAACGAGCAAACCGUCGACCAACGACUAUCUUCAUGCCUCCGAGGAUAGCGACAACAAAAUACAACCCGAUGGUUCAGAAGGGGCCAAUUCCCUGCAGAAUUCGAAGAUCACGAUCCAGGAGAUCAUCCCGGAGAUACUGGAGAUACCGAUCACCUCCAAUCCCAAGGAAGAAUCCAAAAUGGAACCUCAGGGACAACUCAUCAUCGAAGAGACGAAGGCAACUGAGGAAAUUGGGAAGGAAAACGACCUCUUCGUGACUGAUUCGGAGGGUGAAUCCAGCGAGUUGACCGAGGUGAUUCAGAGUCCUCCACCUGUCAUUAGAAUCGGUGAUAAUUUGCUCUACUUGAAGAAGAACGAGUUGGUGAACGAGAAAGAUGCAAGCAGUACUCCAUCUUCCAUCAUAACCCUCAUAGGGGCUGAGGGUCUUCAAAGAGGAGGUUUUGAGGAAGUCGAGAAUAACACCAGCCUAGACGCCCUCACUUCGAGUACCCUAGAUUUCUCAUCUACCACUUCAGAAGACAACACUAACGACCUGGUUUCAGCCAGCUCAUCCCACAUUCUCUCCCUUGUGAAGAAAAAGAAAAAACCUUCUUCUAACCCGAAUCCAUCAACGCCAACUGUAGAAGAUCUUACUUCAACCCCAUCGACAUCUUCGGAUUUCCAAUCAGAAGCUCAGAAUCUAUCGUCAACCCAAGAAUCUUCAACUGAAAUCGUACCCUCCUCUCAAGAUCCAUCCCAAACUCCAGAAACUAUGAUCAUCACCGAAAUUCUGACGAAUCCAGAGAUAAACAUCACAGAUAUCUCAAUCACCAACGACCCCACCAUGAUAUUAGAGCUAGAAAAUCAAAAUCCUGCUUACCCAACGCAACCAGACACACUAGCCGAAGACGUGUGGCUGAAACCGGAAAUACCGAAUCAGACGGAAGUUCCCAAGGAGAUCCAAGAGAAAAAAUUCAAAAUUCUCCCGGAAAUACUGGAGAUCAGGAAUAACAAAACGGUGCCCACCAACACGACCCACAUCGAAUGGUUGAAAGAAAACUCCGAUCAGUUCACGCCUCUGAUCAACUUGAAGGCCGCCUUGCCUCCUGAGAUCCUAAACGCCCCUGCUGAAAGCGACCGAGAAGAGGAAGAACUGGAUGAGAUUUCAACUACGACAUCCGAUCCCACCCCUGAUGUUCCAACUUCCACAGAAACAUCGGAACUGGGAACUGUUAAGGCCGAAAAUUUGACAGAACUGAUAAACACCGAUACGUCGAAAUCGGUGGAAACUUUGGAGGACUCUGGGGAAUACAGUGGUGAACAAACGACCUCUGUGAACAAUGCAGCACUCACGGCCAAUGAAGACGCCAGUGUAGCCGAUGAUUCCAAAAGCUCCGAGGUAAACGAUAUGCUAUUCGUCAGAGAGUACACCAUAGACCUUUCUAACGACGAAGAGCAAAAAAGGUCGGAAGAAAACAUAAGCUCGGAAAGUCCAAAAGAAGACCGUCAAUUAACCGAUGUUGAGAUGAUCGACGUGGAGGAAUUACAAAAAAAUAACACGUCGUCAGUACCCAAGAGUCCCGAAAAAUUAACCACCAAUAGAACCUUAACCAAGAGAGAAAACGUUCAAGUGUCGUCAGAUGCCGCUGUCUUCGCAGAGUUAGAGCAAGAACUGGGAUUGGGAAGCACGGAAAAACCGAAAACACCGGAAGAGGAAGAUUCCGAAGCUCGUAAGAUAUUCCAGGAGCUACUGGAAGAAACGAACACCCCAAAAUCGAAGCUCGCACCUGGAUCUCAAAGUAAAGAGGCCGAGUCUUUGGAAAAAGUCGGUCAGGCGUUGGCAAAAUUAGCUUUCAAAGGCUCACAGCCCUUGGACGCCGGGGUUUUGAGGGCUCUUAGAGACUUCUUCAGUUCUCAGUAUAAGGCUUACGAAAAGAACGCAAAAUGAAGUGGUGGUAAAAUAGGAUUUGGCGAAGGUGCUGCUGCUAAGAACUGAUACGACAAAGAGUGAAGCUUCAAGGAAAACGUCAAAUAUUUAGAUAGCUGGACGUAAUUCUUUACUCUGUUAUAACUCCCCCUCUGUAUAUUCCUGAUAUAUAGGUAAUUUACAAUUAAUUACGUAAGAAAUGAUUUCCUCUUAUCAAGUAUAGGAAUAAGGUGAAAAGCAACAACAGGAGAACUGACAAAUUUCAUAUUUAAACUUUAAAAAGAGUUAAUUUCUGAAUGAACCACAAGACUUGAUUUUGAAGAAUUCUGGGAUAAUAUUUAUUGAGAGGUCUGUGCAAAUUGAUGGGUACCUGGCUGAUACUGCUCAAAAAAGUUUUCAGGGUGAUAAGGAAUGUCAUUAUUUAUUUCCAAACGCUCUGAAGCUAUACUUGGUGAAGGUACCUUUCAAUAAUGGAAGUAUUUGUUUGAAACGUUUCCUUCCUGUAUUGAUUAAAUUAUUAAUAAAAAUAGAUGUACAAAGAAAA